UUUACACAGCUCACACUUCUAAAACUUCCAAACAAAUCUCACUCCCCCUUUAAACCCCACCACCGGCAUUUCUUCCUUUUCAAUUUCAGCUACUGACGCCGCCUAUGUAAAAUUGUAAAUCGCCGAAGCCAAUAAAAUAACAUAGCAAAAAAAAAGCCAAAGAAAAAACAAAAUUAUAUUACAAAGAAAAACAAAAUAACAGAAUAUUUUGAUCAUCACAGUUCACAAAAUUCCCUCAAUUUCACCAGCUUCUCUUACCUGUCCCCCCACCCCCCCAUAAAAAGUCCAACCUUACCCCUUACCCCUACCUAGCCAUUAUAUAUGUAUCUAUAGGUCCGUUUAUACAAAUUUUCCGGCGAGUAAUGCUUCUUCUUCUUCUUAGCUGAGGUACAAAUUUUCCGCCGAGUAAUUUUCCGGUGAUGGCAGACGACGUAGUUCCGAAGACAUUUAGAGCGUUAGUAGAAAGUGCUGAGAAGAAGUACGCCAGAGUACGGGAUUUGCCGGCGUACGGACGGUGGGGAACGAGCAACCAUUACUUUCACAAGGUGUUUAAAGCGUACAUGAGGUUAUGGAAGUACCAGCAGGAGAAUCGAGCGAAGCUAACGGACUGCGGGUUACAACGAUGGGAGAUCGGCGAGAUCGCUUCGAGAAUCGGUCAGCUUUAUUUCAGUCAGUACAUGAGGACUAGCGAAGUUAGGUUUUUACUCGAAUCAUAUAUUUUUUACGAAGCGAUUUUGCACAGGAAGUAUUUCGAAGGUUCUGGAAAAGAACGAAUGGUGAGGUUUAAAGAGCUGAGGUUCUAUGCUAGGUUUUUAAUGGUUUCGUUGAUUUUAAAUCGAUCGGAAAUGGUGAAACUGCUUGUGGAACAAUUUAAAGCUAUUGUUGAUGACAGUAGAGCUGCUUUUCCGGGUACUAACUUCAAAGAGUGGAGACUGGUGGUGCAAGAAAUUGUUAGGUUUACAAGAGUUGAUUCUCCAUCUCCAGAUGCCAGGCCUCUUAGAUAUUGUGCUCUCUUUGAUUCACAUCCGUCAUCUCGUCCAUAUGUAGCUCGCUUCCAUGCUAAGAAGGUGCUAAAGUUUCGAGAUGCACUUCUGACAAGUUAUCACAAAAGUGAGGUCAAAUUUGCAGAAUUAACACUGGACACUUACAGAAUGCUGCAAUGUUUGGAAUGGGAACCCAGUGGAUCUUUCUAUCAAAGAAGUCCAGUUGAACCACGAGAGAAUGGUGCUGUUACCGACCAAUCUGUAACUUCUGGACUUAUAGACAUAAACUUGGCUGCUGAGAUGAUGGAUCCAGCUUUGCCUCCAAAUCCCAAGAAGGCUGUUCUUUACCGUCCUUCUGUUCCGCUAUUGAUAUCUGUUGUUGCUACAAUGUGUGAGGAGCUUCCUCCAGAGUGUGUGGUAUUAAUAUAUAUUUCUGCAUCAGGAAAUACAAAUCACAGUACCGCCUCUCACAUGGAAAGCUCUUCAAGUUCUAGAAAAUCUUCAAAGAACAAUGCUCUUUCUCGUACUUCUUAUGAACAGAAGAGUGCUUUACAUGAAAAUUAUACCAACACCAAUGGAGAUAUGGGUCAAUAUUUUGAGAAUUGUUUGUGCUUAGGUCCUAGCAGAAGUGGAGGUUCAAAUAACCUCUAUCCAGGAGAUCUAAUUCCUUUCACACGAAGACCUCUAUUCCUGAUAAUUGAUAGUGAAAACAGCCAUGCAUUCAAGGUUCUACAUGGUGCAGAAAGAGGAGAAAAAAGUGCUUUAUUUCUCUCUCCCCUGAGGCCAUCAUUCAAGAACUCAGGUACUGAUGUAACACAAUCUGGAAGUCAGUUCACCUUGUUCUUGGCUGCUCCCUUACAGGCCUUCUGCCAGUUGGUUGGCCUUGUCUCUUCUGAUAAGGAUAUGGAUUGUUUUGAUGAGGCUGAUGGCAUCAUCUCAACUGCAUUUGCAGAGUGGGAAGUAAACCUCUGUACAUCGACUAGCCUAGAUUUGGUUUGGGCUCAAGUUCUUUCUGAUCCAUUUCUGAGACGGCUUAUUCUCAGAUUCAUAUUCUGCCGUGCUGUGCUCGCUCUAUUUUGCUUGCAGGAACGUGAAGAUCAGUAUUUGCCUGCUUGUUUACCAAAGCUUCCUGAUACAUUCUCCCCAAACUCUGAAACUGUGCAAUCAGCUAUCAGACGACUUGCAAAGCUUCUACGAGUAUCAGAUUGUUUUCGAUUCGAAUAAUCAUAAUUGAUUAUCCUUUGUGCAUCCGAAACGUGAAACCUGUGCUCCCUUUAUGAUGUACAAAAGAUUGCACCACAAAUGGGUAAAGAGAUCCUGAAACUUAGCGGUUGACAUUUUGAUUAAGAAAGACACAUUGGUAACCCAAGUGCAGGCUGGAAGUACAAAGGCAUUCUUUUAGGUGAUGGGUUUACUUAGUUUACAGCAAUAUCUUCUCAUUUCAUGUGCAGAAAUUGGGGAUUUUCUUCAUUGUUUAGUUUUGAUAGAAUGAUAGUGAGCUUUUGGUUGGUGAUACAGUCGCUGCUGGAUACAAGAGGGUUACUCGGGCUUUGGUUUUUGUUUUAGUUUCUACAGGAAUUUGUACUAAUUUGUUCAUACCAUCCUGUAAUAUAGAAGUAGGCAAUCGAAUUUUUUAAUCAUUUGUUGAGCAACUUCUCUUCCGAUUUUUUUGAUUGAACAGAAACUGGCGAGGUUCUGUG